GAAGAAGAGGAGGAGGGAUUUACUCGCACAACUUUGACACGAACGCACAGCAGGCGCGUGCACGAGCAGAAGUGUGCUCGCGGGCGUUGACUUUAGGACAAACAAGUUCUGCUUUUGGUUCUUUCGGGACCGCGCACGCACGGACGCGCACGCGGCGCUCGUUUCGGACUCGAAGGUACUCGGACUGGAGACGUAGAGACGUGUCACUGCCGAGUUAUCGUGUGUGGUCUUGACAGCCAUAAUCCGUCGUCCUGCGGGGAGGCGGGGAGGGGAGGCGGCAGUGAGUGCUGUGCGGCUAGCACAGACGGAGCUCCCGGCCGAGCUGAACCGGACAUGCCCGUCAGGAAGAAAGAUGCACAGCGGGCGCUGUCCCUCCUGGAGGAGUACCGGGCCAAACUGAACCACGCUGAAGACCGACAUCUGGGCGUCUCCAUCCAAAGGGUCAUUGACAUCUUCCAGAGUAAUCUCUUCCAGGCGCUCAUUGACAUCCAGGAGUUCUACGAAGUGACCUUAUUGGACAGCCAGAGAUGGGCGGAGUCUUCCAAGCCGGUGGACGUCGUGGUGCCUCCCGUCAACCUGUGGGACUUCUCCAGCCUUCAAAGCACAACCGUGACCUCCGAUACACUGCCCAGCCUUAGCACAAGCAUCGAGGACUCCGCCCUCCUAAAUGAAAUCCUCCACACGUUGGCCAAACGCUCGCCAAAACAUGACACAUGUAAGUACCGGCAGCACGAUGAGGACUCAUCCCCUCAGGAGGACCAGAGCUCGCCCCAGCUCACUGAGGAGGCGGGCGGUCCAGAACUGGUCCAGGUGGCCGAGAAGAAUCUUUCCCAGAUUGAGAACGUACACGGCUAUGUCACCCAUGCCCACAUCUCACCCAUGAAGGUGGCAUCUCUGGAGUGUGUCUUUGACGGGUCAUCAACAUUAGGACAUAACAACCCGGAACUCCCUUCCCCCACACCCUCAUCCCUCUACCCUCACGGAGAAGACAGCCCUCUCCCAUCCUGCUCUUCCAACCCCUACCCCCCAAUCCAGGCCAAUCCCCCUCCUGUUGUGGUGAAUGCCGACAGUUUGGACACGCCCCCUUAUGUGAACGGAACCGAGGCAGACUACGAGUAUGAGGAGAUCACAUUGGAGAGGGGGAAUUCGGGUCUGGGCUUCAGCAUCGCGGGCGGCAUCGACAACCCCCACAUCGGUGAAGACCCCAGCAUAUUUAUCACCAAAGUCAUCCCAGGGGGUGCCGCCGCCCAGGAUGGACGGCUCAGGGUCAAUGAUGUCAUCCUGCGUGUCAAUGAGGUGGAUGUUCGCGAUGUGACACACAGUCGGGCAGUGGAGGCGUUAAAGGAGGCAGGCUCUCUAGUUCGACUGUACGUGCGUAGGAGGAAGCCUCUUUCUGAGAAAGUGAUGGAGAUCAAACUGGUGAAAGGACCCAAAGGUCUGGGCUUCAGUAUAGCGGGUGGCGUGGGCAACCAGCACAUCCCCGGUGACAACAGCAUCUAUGUGACCAAGAUUAUUGAGGGUGGAGCUGCGCACAAAGACGGCCGACUGCAGAUCGGUGACAAACUCCUGGCUGUGAACAGUAGUUGUCUAGAAGAAGUUAGUCAUGAGCACGCCGUCACUGCCUUGAAGAACACUCCUGACGUGGUCUACUUGAAAGUGGCCAAACCCAACAGUGUCUUCAUUACCGAUACAUUCGGACCUCCAGACCUCACCAACUCCUUCUCGCAGCAUCUGGAGAACCAUAUCACUCCUCCUAACUUUCUGGCUCAGCCCCUCCCUUUGCCGGCCUCAUCUGGACGCUACUCGCCGACGCCCAAGAGCAUGCUGGGAGAUGAUGACAUGUCACGGGAACCUAGGAAGGUGGUGCUGCAUCGCGGCGCCACAGGUUUGGGCUUCAACAUUGUUGGUGGCGAGGAUGGCGAGGGCAUCUUCAUCUCCUUCAUCCUGGCUGGCGGUCCCGCAGACCUUUGUGGGGAGCUGAGGAAAGGAGAUCGCCUGGUGUCUGUAAAUGGCGUGGACCUUCGCAGCGCCACGCACGAGCAGGCCGCUGCCGCCCUGAAGAACGCCGGGCAGACAGUGACCAUCAUGGCCCACUACAGGCCAGAGGAGUAUGGGCGCUUUGAGGCCAAGAUCCACGACCUGAGAGAGCAGAUGAUGAACAGCAGCAUCAGUUCUGGUUCAGGUUCCCUGCGGACCAACCAGAAAAGGUCGUUGUACGUCAGGGCUCUCUUCGACUACGACAAGACCCGGGACUCGGGUCUUCCCAGUCAGGGUCUGGACUUUAAGUUCGGAGACAUUCUUCAUGUGGUCAACGCCUCUGACGAUGAGUGGUGGCAGGCUCGCCAGAUGACGGCCCGCGGCGAGGCGGAGGAUGUUGGCGUGAUCCCCAGCAAGCGGAGGGUGGAGAAGAAGGAGCGAGCCCGCUUGAAGACGGUCAAGUUCAACCCGAAGUCUCGUGAGCGAGGGUCGCUCAGUGACAAGCGUAAAAAGAGCGUCUUUCCCAGAACGUUCCUCUUCUACAAGAAUCGGGAGACGAGCGAGCAGGAGAGCAGCGACUUGGAGCAACACGUCACCUCGAACGCCAGCGAUAGCGAAAGUAGCUACCGCGGACAGGAGUGUGUCAUUUCCUAUGAAGCCGUCAGUCAACAGAAAGUCGACUACGCGCGGCCCGUCAUCAUCCUCGGGCCCAUGAAGGACCGCGUCAACGACGACCUCAUCUCUGAGUUCCCAGACAAGUUUGGAUCAUGUGUCCCACACACGACACGGCCCAAGCGUGACUACGAGGUGGACGGUCGGGAUUAUCAUUUUGUGGCGUCCCGCGAGCAGAUGGAGAAGGACAUCCAGGAGCACAAGUUCAUCGAGGCGGGGCAGUACAACAACCAUCUGUACGGAACCAGCGUCCAGUCCGUCCGAGAGGUGGCCCAGAAGGGUAAACAUUGCAUCCUGGAUGUGUCGGGCAACGCCAUUAAGCGACUCCAGCUCGCUCUUCUUCAUCCGAUCGCUGUCUUCAUCAAGCCCAAGUCGGUGGAGAACAUCAUGGAAAUGAACAAGCGGCUGACAGAGGAUCAAAGCAGGAAGACGUUUGAACGUGCUGCCAAACUGGAGCAUGAGUUCACUGAGCACUUCACAGCCAUUGUGCAAGGAGACACACUGGAGGAAAUCUACGAGCAAACUAAGCAGAUCAUCGAGGACCAGUCGGGUCCGUUCAUAUGGGUCCAGUCCAAGGAGAAGUUGUGAACACCGCCCACUUUUAUUUUGAAAAUUCCACCUGCCCUUCACCCCCCCCUUGUGGGACAUUCUUGGACACCCUGAAGGACCUAAAAAGACAUCUCUUUAUUGUGUGGUCGACACAAAAAGCAACUUUGCACGUCGGAGCAUUAAGAGCGUGCCCCCCUCAACCCCCAUCUCACCUGCACUCCUCUGCUGCCACUAGAGGGCGCUGUCUGCUUUUUACUGCUCACAUUAACCCUUUAAUGAGGACAAAAUGGUGGAAUUGAACAUUAUACUUCAAAGUUUACUAAGAGCUCUUUAAAUUCUCAAUAGAGUUGUUGCAGUGACCUGCAGGUGGCAUCGUAGUGCAGGACAAGGAUUUUAAAGGAGCUAAACUGCCUAUUUUGUUAUAAAAAGUCUAUAUUGAACUCUGCAUUAUCACUAAUCUUUAUUUUGAUCACUUCCUGCCUUUUUUUAACCUAAUAAAAUCUGUUGAAGCUGUA